GGGAGCGGGCGGCCCCCCCGGCCCUGCUUUCCCUCGCCCUCGCCCCUUGGUUCCCGCUCGCCCCUGAUCUUUAAUGCAUACAUUCCCCGGCGCGGCGCGGCUCGCCCUAAUCCUCUGGGCUCAGGGGCCCGUGGGGGCCCCGUCCCCCCCAGGCGAGGCGGCUUUAUAAGCGGCCCCGCGGCGCGGCUCCGCACAGCCGCCAUGGCCUCGGGCCUCAAGGAGCGCAGGGGGAGCGCGGGGCCGCCCGCACCGCGCGCCACGAGGGUCCCCGCCGCGGCCCGUGACGCGCCGCCCGCGUCGCACAGAACGCCCGUGUCCCACAAGGUGAUCGAGAAGCGGCGCCGGGACCGCAUCAACCGGUGCCUGGCCGAGCUGGGCCGCACCGUGCCGCUGGCGCUGGCCAAGCAGGGCUCAGGGAAGCUGGAGAAGGCGGAGAUCCUGGAGAUGACGGUGCAGUACCUGCGGGCGCUGCACUCGGCCGACUUCCCCCGCGGCAGGGAGAAGGAGCUGCUCUCCGAGUUCGCCAACUACUUCCACUACGGCUACCACGAGUGCAUGAAGAACCUGGUGCACUACCUGACCACGGUGGAGCGGAUGGAGACCAAGGACACCAAGUACGCCCGCAUCCUCGCCUUCCUGCAGUCCAAGGCGCGCUUCGCCGCCGAGCCGCUCCUGGCCGCUCCGCCGGAGCCCGACGCCUCCUUCCCGCCGCCCCCCGAGCGCCCGCCGUGCCCCGCCGAGCCGUUCCCGUGGCCGUACGCCCCCCUGCCCGCCCCCGCGGCACUGGGCGGCCCCGGGCAGCAGCGCGCCGCCUUCCUCCCGUCCGCGCAGGGCCUGGAGCGCCGCUACCUCGGCUUGCUGGGCCCGCCGCCCCCCGGCGCCUUCGGGCUGCCGCCCGGCCAGCACCCCCCCGCCGUGCUAUAGGGCGGCGGCGCCGCGGACUCUGCCUGGACGGCGCCGGGACAAACCUACGGCCCCGGCCCCGCGUGUCUGGGGGGGACUUUCCUCGGCCGCCCCCGGCACGGAGCGACGGCACGCGGCGCCUCGCCCCGCAUUGGGCACGUACCGCCCGCGCCGCUGCCCGCUGCGGGGCCCGAAGCGGCGGGGACACGGCGCUCUGCCCCGAGCGGGGCGGGACGGGGAGCUGCGGAGCCGGUCACCCGCGGGACCCCCCGCGUCCCGGUGCGGGGCUGAGAGCCGGGCGCGCCGCGGGAUGACCGCACUACGGGAACCGGCCGCGCCUCUGCGCGCAGGGAAACGGGCAGACGGACGGACGGACGGUUCGGCACCGCAACGGGCCGCGCACCGCGUGCCUCCCGGCCGAAGCGCCGCCGCACAGGAGCGGGGAAGGGCCGUGCGGGAACUGCCUCGGCCCGCAGCACCGGGCGCCCUCGCCGUGCGAACGGGACCCCGACCCCGAGCGUCGGGCGGGUGCGCGACCCCCUCCCUCCCCUUUGGCAUUGUAGCAUUAAAGAUACAGCGUUUCCCUGGA